GGGUCCGGGCGCACGCCCACGAGGCUGAAGCUGGCUCUGCGCACUUCACAGUCCGGGCGGCCGGCUGGCAGGGAGGGUGCGGGCAGGCGGGGCGGCCAGGGUUGGAGGGAGGGGCCGCGCCCCAUGUUCGGCUGGUGACUGCGCCUUCCGCCCCGGCUCGCCUAGGCUCCCGGGAUGCGCGGAGGUGGAGGCGGAGAUGGCGACGAUUCCUCUAGCCGGGCAGCAUUCAGGCCGCCGGGCGCAGCUGGGGUCGCGGCUGCAACAUGGAGGAGGAAGGGCUGCGCUGCGGCCAGCGGGCAGGUUUAUCUUCCUUGGCCCUCUUUUGGCACAUGCCCCUCGUCUGUGAGUUGAAGUCCUGACUCUCUUCCUGUUGGUUUUUUGUUUGUUUGUUUGUUUGUUUGGGGUUUUUUUUUUUUUUUUUUUUUUUUGAGACCACAAGAGACACCUCUCUCUGAAGAUGAACUCGAGCGUCCCCCUUCGGAGCGCUGCCAAUGCUACCUUGCCCUACAUACCUCCCUCGCAGGGAGGAGGCAAUGGCACUUCUCUCCAGGAAGAUCUUCGAGACUUCAUCCACACGGCCACCUUGGUGACUUGCACUUUCCUGCUUGCUGUCGUCUUCUGUCUCGGCUCCUAUGGCAACUUUAUUGUCUUCUUGUCUUUCUUUGACCCCGCCUUCAGGAAGUUCAGAACCAACUUUGAUUUCAUGAUCUUAAACCUGUCUUUCUGCGAUCUCUUCAUCUGUGGGAUCACGGCUCCCAUGUUCACCUUCGUGCUGUUCUUCAGCUCAGCCAGGAGCAUCCCUGAAACAUUCUGCUUCGCCUUCCACCUUACCAGUUCAGGCUUCAUCAUCAUGUCCCUCAAGAUGGUGGCUGCCAUCGCCCUGCACCGGCUCCGAAUGGUGCUAGGGAAACAACCUAAUUGCACGGCCUCCUUUUCCUGCAUCUUGCUCCUCACCCUGCUUCUCUGGGCCACCAGUUUUACCCUUGCCACCUUGGCUACGUUGAGAACCAGUAAGUCUCACCUUUGUCUACCCAUGUCCAGUCUGAUGGCUGGGGAAGGGAAAGCCAUUCUGUCUCUGUAUGUUGUGGACUUUACCUUCUGUGUUGCUGUGGUGUCUGUCUCUUACAUCCUGAUUGCUCAGACACUUCGGAAGAAUGCUCAAGUCAAAAAGUGCCCCCCUGUGAUCACAGUCGAUGCUUCUAAACCGCAGCCAUUCGUGGGGGCUGCUGUGAAGGGAGGUGGAGAUCCUACGCAGUGCACGGUGCCAGCUCUGUACCGGAACCAGAAUUACAACAAACUGCAGCACGCUCAGACUCAUGGAUACACUAAGAACCCCAGCCAGAUGCAGAUCCCUUCAGCCAAUCGACUCCAGCUGGUAUCAGCCAUCAACCUUUCUACUGCCAAGGACUCCAAAGCCGUGGUCACCUGUGUGAUCAUAGUGUUGUCCGUCCUGGUGUGCUGUCUUCCUCUGGGGAUUUCCCUGGUGCAGGUGGUUCUGUCUGACAACGGGAGCUUCAUCCUAUACCAGUUUGAACUGUUCGGAUUUACUCUGAUAUUUUUCAAGUCCGGAUUAAAUCCCUUUAUAUAUUCCCGGAACAGUGCGGGGCUGAGACGAAAAGUGCUCUGGUGUCUCCAGAACAUCGGCCUGGGCUUUCUCUGCUGCAAACAGAAGACGCGACUUCGAGCCAUGGGCAAAGGGAACCUUGAAAUCAACAGAAACAAAUCUUCCCAUCACGAGACAAACUCCGCCUACAUGCUGUCUCCGAAGCCACAGAAGAAAUUUGUGGACCAGGCUUGCGGCCCAAGUCACUCAAAGGAAAGUGUGGCAAGUCCCAAAGUGUCCGCCGGACACCAGCACUGCGGCCAGAGCAGCUCCACCCCCAUCAACACCCGGAUUGAACCUUAUUACAGCAUCUAUAACAGCAGCCCCUCCCAGGAGGAGAGCAGUCUGGGGAAGUUACAGACGGUCAACUCUUUCGGGUUUGCCAGUUCCUACAUCGCCAUGCACUACUACACCACGAACGACCUGAUGCAGGAGUACGACAGCACAUCGGCCAAGCAGAUUCCCAUCCCCUCUGUCUAAAUCACAAGGCCGGGGAAGGGGGCGGUGCUUUUCCAAGACCGAACAAACCUUGGGGAGAUGUUGAGGCCAGUGGCAAAGCAAAACCUGAAGAGUCUGCUGGAGAGUUGACCGUUAGAUUUUCUUUUGUCUGAGAUGUUGGCAUCUGGAUUUGCUUCGUGGUUUCCUGACAUUUUACGAUUUGAUGUAAAAGCUUGUUUCCAUUUUUGCCCCGAUGUGUGUCCCAGUCUUUUCUACUGAACUACUAAGAAGACGCCAGGAACGGCCCUAUGAUGGCAACCUUUCAGUCAGUGUUAUGGCCUGAAAUACGAAUGGCCACAUUUUUAAAGGUGUCUGAAAAAAUGGUCUUUCCGAAGUGUUAUUUUUAUAAACAUAUGGAAUUUGACUCUUUGAAGUACUAAAAUAGAAAACAGGAUGCUUUUUUGGUGGCAAGUUGAUUUAAAUAAAAAGCUUAUUGUUAAGGCAGAGACUAGAAAUGUGUUACCUGUACCGCUGUCCUUAUCGGAAGUUCUCAGCCAGUGUGAGGCCCUCCCCUUAUAAGGCAGUUACCUAACAACACAGAGUUGGGAUUCUUGUCACUUCUUAACUGUACACAUUGUUGUUUUGUGUCAACUGAGUAGCUAGCUUUACAAAGUGUUUUUGGUAGUUAGCAGUUAAUUGCUGUUUCAGAAGGAUCUGAACCGGGAAUCCAGUAUGGGGCACUGUGCUGAGAGAGCAGACAUGGCGUGUCUCAGCAGUUUGUCUGUGGGAGGCAGUGUAUCCAUACAUUUAACACUAACUACCCUUAUUUAACAAGACGUAGGGAUGCACUUG